CCUCUGCCUCUCGCUCUGCCCCUGCUUCUCACUUUCACUCCCAUCGGUUUCAUGUUCCCUUUGCCAGGCGGAAAACCUUGCGGAGCUCCAGCCCAGAGCACCAGCAGCAGCACCAGCAGCAGCAGCAGCAGGGCUGAUCCUGGUCCCACCCACCGGGACUUUCCUGGCUUCCUCCAGCAGGGAGCGGGGGGAGCAGGAGCGGCCGGAGCAGGAGCGCUCCCGCGGCUCCUGCCGGGUUUCUAUUGGCAGCAGCCACAGGAGGUUUGGCGGUGCCCGGCUCCCUGGCAGGACGAGCCCGGCGCUGCUGCCAUGGAGAGCGCGGUGGAGAUGGGCGCGGAGGCUGCGGGCAGCGGGCACGGCGCCGGGCUGCACCUCCGCCAGGACCUGCGGAGGAUCCGCUGCGCGCUGCUGCUCUGCCUGCUGGCCGUGCUGCUGCUCAUGCUGCCCACCGCCUACCUGCUGGUCGGCAACCUGCGAGCGCCCAGCUCCUGCGGCAGCCAGGUCACAGAGGAGAGGGGCCCUCACUUUCUGAAGCAACGAGCAGUGGCUGCUGUUACAGACACACUUUCCAGUGCAGAGAAGCCACGAGCUCACCUGACAGUGAAGAGGCAGGACCUGGCCAGCGCCGUGGGGAGCCACAUGCCCAUCCUGCAGUGGGAAGACAAGCGAGGCCUGGCCUUCACCAAGAACAACCUGAGUUACUCCAGCAACGCCCUGGUGAUCCCUGUGUCCGGGGACUACUACGUGUACGCCCAGGUCACCUUCCGAGGGCCCGUGGAGAGCAGCCACAAGACCAGCUCUGUCACUGAGAUCAUCACCAAGGUCACUGACAGCUACCCCGAGCCCACCCAGCUGCUGAUGGGCACCAAGACCCUCAGUGAGAACGGCAAUGGUUGGUUCCAGCCCAUCUACCUGGGCGCUGUUGUCUCCUUGGAGGUGGGAGACAAGCUGAUGGUCAACGUGAGUGACAUCAAGCUGGUGGAUUACACCAAGGAGCACAAAACUUUCUUUGGGGCCUUUCUGCUGUAGGGCUCUGGCCUGCAGCAGCUGGUGGAGGAUCCCUCCAGGGCCAUCGGGGGGGUCUUGUUGGGUUUUGGCUUUGUGGGCGCGUGUUGGGGUGAAAUCUCUGCUGUUUUCCUCCUCCUCCUCCUUCUUCUUUUUCUUUUGUGCCAUCACUCCCUUGCAGCUCACUAGAGCCUUAGUUUAAUGGGUAGGGAAAGGUGAAGCUGCAGGUUGGAGUGAAAUAACCCCCCAAAAAACACAACAAAAAACAACCAAAAACUAACCCAAAAAAAACCAACCAAAAAAAAACCCCAAAAAAC